AUGAGCGAUUCGUGCGUGACGGCCAUGCGAAUCCCCCGCGCCCUCUCCUCAACUAACGCCCGCGGGCCCGCGCUGACUCCGCCGCAGAAGCGUGCCGCCGCCGCGUGCAGGAGAGAGGUGCUGAGCGCGCUGCAGCAGUGGGCGGCAGAAGCGAGGCGGAGAGACGCCGAGGACGCCUGCCAGUGGGAGUCGCCCGAGCUGCCGCCGAGCGCACACUCGCAGGUCACACGCGAACCCCACAGCGGCCCUGCUGCUGAUAGCCCCGCUCACCCCGCUGAUAGCGGCCCUGCCGCCGACAGUUCCACGACUACUAGUGCUAGUAGUAGAAUCGUUAGUACCAUCACCGGCGGCGCCAGCAGCACCGUUGACACAAUUUUGAGCGCAGCUGCUGACUUUGUCAGCCCUGGCAGUGCUGCUCCUCUUGCUGCUGCUUCUCCCACUACUCCUAAUUCUCCUGCUGCUCCUGCUCCUGCUCCUGUCGCUGCGCCUGCUGCUGCCCCUGCUGCUGCACCUACUGCCGCGGCCCCAGAAGACUCCGCCGCGCCGCUGUGCUCCGCGGCGUGGGGGCGGGCGGCGCUGGCGCGAGCAGCAGCGGCGAGUGCGUACGUGGGGAGGGCGGUGAAGCGGAAGAUGACGUCACUGGCGCGGAUAGCAGCCGGCGUGGAUGCAGUGUGCCGUGGGGUGCGCGAGAUAGAAGCCAGCCUGGUCGGCGAGUGCGGCGACAAGGGCAAUGCGGGUGGCCAGGGUGGGAAG